CAAAUAAAGAUAUUUCGAUCUGAAAUUUCGUCUAUAAGCAGAUGGAAUGACUCAAGAAAUUUCCUCCAAAAAGAGUAUUUCAUUGUCGAGAUAUUCAAUUUCCAAAGAAUAAUCGUUUGCUACUAAUAUCGAAUUUACUUGGAAAUUCAAUAUCUCGACCAAGAAACAUUCUUUCAGGAUACUCUACUAGUCAUUCAAUCUAUUUAUGAGCGAAAUUUCAGAUCGAAAUACUUUUAUUUGAUUAUUCAGGAAAAACCUAAAUUCAGUACAACAGCCAUAACUUUUCUAAUCCUACCAAUACUUCCUUGUGAAUCCAAUAUGAACUCAAACGACGGGUAUCGCAGUUUGGAUAGUUCUCUCGUAAGUGUUCUAUUUAUGUUACGUGUCUAAAACUCAGGAAGUUUUUUUCUUCCUAUAAUGUAUUUAGUUCUUUCAAGACACCAAACGUUUCGAUGUAUAAUGAGAAAUUGAUUAUUAUAUAUAAGCAUCUCUUUACUUCUAUGUAACAGAAUACAAUUCCUGAUCAAGAUGAAAUUUUUAUUUAAUAAAAAUAAUUUUAUAGAAUUAUUUGAUUGAUUCGAUAUUAAAUAAAUAAAUGUGGUUUAUGACUCUAAUUAGUUUUUGUUCAAGAAAAUAAUAUGACUUUAAUAUUAGGUUAGUAUCAUUUUCAUUUUCAAUGUCGAAAAAAAAACCGUACAUAUCAAACUUGAAAGUUGAAAUUGAAUUAUUUCACGAAUAUACAUAAAAGAUCUCUCUCGUUGAGUGUGCUGUAAAAUCUUAAAAUGCACGAGAAAAAUUGCAUAACUGAAUAGUAAUUCAAUUUUUAAAAUUUAACAAUAUUGAGUUGAUAAGGUCAUUUAAUAAUUUAUGCAUUAGAAUAAUUUUCUUGAUUUGAUUAUAAAGACAAAAUUAUUGAAUAUUUUAAAUAAUAAUAAUAAUGAUUUCUAUGUAAAAUAUAAUUUAGUUUAACACGUCGAACUAGUGAUCAACAUAAAUUAAGUCCAUUAAGUGGACGAAAAUCUAAAAAUACAUUUCGAAGUCCAUCAUUAAAACGUUCACCGAGUCUUCGUUUCCGUAAAUCUCAAAAAUCAACAAUAACUCAACCAACCCAAUCAAUAUCAUCAUUAAGUGGAUUAAAUUCUCCAUCAAAUGUAACAUCACCUCGUCGUUCAUUUGUUAAAUCAAUUGUAAAAAAAGGUCUUCGAACAUUAAAAUCAUCAUCAUCAUUAUUAACAAGUCAAAUGAGUGGACAAAUUUAUGAUGAAUCAAGUGGAGAAUCAUUAUCAUCAUCAACAGGUGCAUGUACACUUUCUCAAGGAAAUAAUUUUGGUAUUGAAUUAGAAGAAUGUGAAAUAUCAUCAAUAUCACGUUAUAUUCCAAUUGUUGUCGAAAUUUUAACACGUCUUGUUGAAUUACGUGGAAUAAAUUGUCAAGGAAUUUAUAGACAUGCUGGUGGUGUAACAGCUGUUAAUUGGCUUGUUCAGGAAUUAGAUAAAGGAGCAGAAAAUAUUGAAUUUAAUUCGGAAAAAUGGUAUGAUGUUAAAGCUGUUGCAUCAACAUUAAAAACAUUUUUUGCUAAAUUACCUGAUUCACUUUUAUCAUCAAAGAUGAGUAGUUUAUGUGUUGAAGCAAGUCGAAUUGAAAAUCAUCGUGAACGUGUAAUUGAAUUAAAACGACUUGUUGUUCAAUUAGAUGAUUAUCGAUUUGAAACAUUAAAAUAUUUAUGUGCUCAUUUUCGAAGAGUUGCUGCCAAAUGUGAUAUUAAUAAAGUUUGA